CUUCUGGCUCUCCAGCGCGGUGGAUACAGAAUCCGAUCAUCACCGGAUGAAGAGAGUGCUUCGGGGCCCAGCAGCAUCGUUCCUCGCUCGGCUUCAGCGAAUCGGAACAGAACGGAUUCGGACGCAGCGUGCGCCGUGUUUAGUGCGCCUGGGCUCAAUCAGGAGCGCGAAAUGGGCAUCCCUGCUGUAAACCACCAAUUUGAAAUUAGAUUACUUCAAAAACUAAAUUGCCCGUCUUCCAAAGAGAAUAUGGUAAUCAAUAAGUCCAUCCUCUCCACGUAUGCGGGUUGCUCCGCCACCGCCUCCACCGCCGCCGCCGCCUCACCCGUCACCGUCACCACCGCCGCCACCGUCACCACCGCCGCCACCGUCACCACCGCCGCCACCGUCACCACCGCUGUUGCCGUUACCACCGCCGCCGCCGCCGCCGUUGCCGCCACCGCUGCCACCGCCGCCGCCGCCGCUGCCGUUCUCUUUCUCUCCCACCCCCAAGGCAUCUCCCCAUCCUGGCCGUGGGUUCUCUCCUCACUUCUCACUCUCUUUUAUGCCCUCUAUUCCAAACCCAGAGCUCGUCACGGGCGCGAGCUGCCAGACAACCUGCGCCAGAAGGUGCUGUCGGACGGCACGCUCAUCAUCAACGACGUGCAGCAGGCGAGCGACUCGGGGGUGUACACGUGCUUCGCCAGCAACAAGCAGGGCCACAAGGCGCGCCGCAACGGCGAGGUGUCCGUCAUCGUUCCCCCCAAACUUAGCCCAUUUACCUCUGACAGAACGCAGCACGUGGGCGAGCGCGCCAGCCUCACGUGCUCCGUCACCAAGGGGGACCUCCCGUUGACCAUCAGCUGGCUCAAGGACGGUACUCCCAUCGAAUCCGCACAGAGGGUGUCCGUCACCCAAAGCACAAUGGCAACUAUUCUUGCGUCGCACGCAACCUCGCGGCAGAGGUCUCGCAUACCCAGCAGCUCAUGGUCAAUGGUAAACAGCGAUUGGCGUCACGCAGCUACUUUUCUACUUCUCUUUUUCUGCUCUCAUGUUUUUUAUUCUUCUUCUAAUCUUUCAGUUCCUCCUAUAAUUGAGCCUUUUUCCUUCCAAGACGGGCUUUCCGAGGGCAUGCGUACGCGCAUGAUGUGUAGCGCCAGCCGCGGGGACUCCCCGAUCGCCUUCACGUGGCUCAAGGACGGCGGCGCGCUAUCGCCGCGCAUGGGCGUACUCGUCUCCACCCUUGACAAUUACACUAGCCUCCUGAGCAUUUCUAGCCUCUCUUCCGCCCACUCGGGCGAUUACACGUGCGUAGCCUCCAACCCGGCCGCCGAGGUCAGGUACACGGCCAAGCUGCUGGUCAAAGUGCCGCCGCGCUGGGUGGUGGAGCCCAGCGAUGUGGCCGUGGAGCGCAACAGACACGUCAUGCUGCACUGCCAGGCGCAGGGCGUGCCGGAGCCCACCAUCGUGUGGCAGCGGGCCAGAGGGAGCAAAGGGUCUGGAGACUACGAGGACAUUCGUGAAAGAACCUACACCAAAGUCCUCAGCAAUGGCUCCCUGCUACUGCAAAACGUGAAAGAGGACAGGGAGGGGUUCUACCUCUGCCAGGCGAAGAAUGGCAUCGGCUCCCCCAUCGACAAGAUGGUGCAGGUCAAAGUCAAC